CCUCUCUCUUAUAUUAUUUCACCGCUGGAGAGGAAAAAGAGAAAAGAAAAAAAAAACAGUGGAGAAUAAGAGCUGAGGGAGAAAUCAGUCGGACCCAUCGUCAGAAGCUCAUUAACUCGGAGAGAAGAGGAGGAGAGAGGAGGAAGAACACGCCGCUGAUACACUGCUGCUGGAGUCUUCUGUUUAUACUGAUAUGGCUGCUGCACUUUGGAAGCCCAAAUCUCUGGACUUGGGUUUGUGGCUCUGUCUCCUGCUCCUCAACCUCCUUCCUCAUGUCAGGGCAGUAGUUGGACACAGAGAGCCGCUGCCUGAUGAUAGCAAAGACAAUAUCACCAUUUUCACCCGGAUCCUAGACAGGCUACUGGAUGGAUACGACAACAGGCUACGACCUGGGCUGGGAGAGAGUGUGACAGAAGUGAGGACAAACAUCUACGUGACGAGUUUUGGGCCGGUGUCAGAUACAGACAUGGAGUACACCAUCGAUGUCUUCUUUCGUCAGAGUUGGCGGGACGAGAGGCUUAAGUUUGAUGGGCCCAUGCAGGUUUUACCCCUCAACAAUCUCCUAGCCAGUAAGAUAUGGACACCUGAUACCUUCUUUCACAAUGGAAAGAAAUCUGUGGCCCACAACAUGACAACUCCCAACAAACUGCUACGACUGGUUGACAACGGCACGCUUCUCUACACGAUGAGGUUGACCAUUCAUGCUGAGUGCCCCAUGCACCUGGAGGAUUUCCCGAUGGAUGCACAUGCCUGUCCUCUGAAGUUUGGAAGUUAUGCUUACACGAACAAUGAGGUGAUCUACCAGUGGACUCAGGGAGACGAGAGGUCUGUUGCUGUGGCGGAGGACGGCUCAAGGUUGAACCAGUACGACCUGCUAGGACACGUUACUGGCAAAGAAACCAUCAGCUCCAGCACAGGAGAAUAUGUAGUGAUGACAACAUAUUUCCAUUUGAAAAGGAAAAUUGGCUAUUUUGUGAUUCAGACCUACCUGCCGUGCAUCAUGACUGUCAUACUGUCUCAGGUCUCCUUCUGGUUAAACAGAGAAUCGGUUCCUGCUCGCACUGUGUUUGGGGUCACCACUGUGCUAACCAUGACCACCCUGAGCAUCAGUGCUAGAAACUCCCUCCCUAAGGUGGCCUAUGCCACUGCCAUGGACUGGUUCAUGGCCGUGUGCUAUGCCUUUGUCUUCUCUGCCUUGAUUGAGUUUGCCACAGUCAACUACUUCACCAAGCGCAGCUGGGCAUGGGAUGGGAAAAAAGAGGGCAUGGAAAUAAGGAGAAGAGAAUCAGCGACUUUGUCCAAAAAGGCAAACAACACCUUCAACAUUGUUGGAACCACAUACGCCAUCAACGUAGCUAAAGACCAAGGUUUGACAACCAUUUCCAAGAGUGCCACUGGAGCGUCGGCCAAACACCACUAUCUGCAUAAAAUGGAUGACCCCUACACGGAGGCCAAGAAGUCCUACAACCGUGUCAGCAAAGUGGACAAGAUAUCCCGCAUAAUUUUCCCAGUUCUGUUCUUCAUCUUCAACUUAGGCUACUGGGCCACAUAUGUCAACAGAAAGCCUGCUCUCAUAAAGGCAAACAACCAAAACUGAAUUUGUCCAAAUGCUAGGCCUGAUCUGGUUAGGUUCAGAGUGUAGACAGGUUUGCAGGAGGCCAAGUCCAUUACAUCUUAUUGUGUGUGCAAGUGUAAGUGUGUGUGUAUGUGUGUGUGUGUGUGUGUAUGAGUGCACGUAUGUUUGGUGUGUCUGUCUUUUCUUAAGAGUUUGAUAUUUUGCACGUCUGUAUAGAUGGAAGGCAAAUUUGACCAUACAAUAGAUUCACAUCUAGUAGUGGAAAUUGGAGGGAGCACAUCCUCACAUCAGACUGUUUGUGUAGCUUUUCUUUUCUCCCCUCCACACUUAGCUCUGGCCCUGUUCCCUUUUGUGAGUAAUCAAAUUGUUCCUUUGCUGUAUCUUGAUUGCUUGCUGUUUUGUAGGACUAGUCAAAUUGUGUUUUCACUAUGUUUUGACAUGUUUGCGCUUUGCUUGUAAUAAGUUAGAGCAAGCAUGCAUUAAAGUUUGCAUUGUAGCUCAUUACCACUGAUAAGGGUUUGACACAUCCAUCAAAUUAACAACAUGCAUGCACGCACGCACACAUACGCACAGUGAUGCAUCAGAAUUUGUUGGUCGCUUUACUGUGCUCUGUUAGCCAGGGGCAGGCUGUAUAGUUCCAUAAGAACAUCAUUAAUAAUCUUCCGUGUCUGGCCUUCAGCUCGCGCUGAAUCUCAACAGACCCAAUGCAGUAUCAUCUGGAAUUGCUUUUGCGUCCCAUGGGACUGCCUGUAUAUUUUCUAGUCCAGUGGCUCUUAUUGUUUUAACUGGCUGACUGUGUUCAAUGACGGAGAAGCUAUGUGCCUUGGUGAAUACACACAUCAUAAAGAAAAAGGCUUUGACACACUCAAACUUGCAUAAACAGCACACAUAUGCACAAUAGGUCUAUGUGUAUAUUACAUGUAAACAUAUAUACGGGUGUCCACAGGCUCUGUGCACUGUUGUACGUGUCUGUGCCCCGCCCACCCACGGCCCAGGGGUUUGGGCACAGAGUGUAAAAUUGCUCAUUAGUGUGGAAGGGUAACAGACCUCUGCCUGUGAACAGACAAAGCGAAGAGAUUAAAAGGAUCCAGCAUAGUCCAGAACAAUUAUCAUGUGCAUUUAUGUUUUGGCUCCCGGUGUGGCGUCUCAAUGAGCCGAGCAGUCAUAACAAACUACCACCAUUACCUCAGACUGAAGUCGAAUUCUGAAUAGCAGAUUAUUAAACCUUUUCCAUGGAAAUGCAAAUAACGC